AUGUUCAAGGCAAAUCCCACGGCUCGACCAGCAGAAAUGAGAUUCAUGCGUGAGAUUGGACGGCGACUACGAUAUCUGCCGCACAGCAUCAAGUUGAAGCCAUACCCCGGGGGCAUUCUGGUCAGUUGGGAAGACAAUGAGACGGAAUCCUUUCGCACGCUCGGCCCAAGCGGCCCGGACUACCAUGUUGUGCUUCAUGAUGACAAUUGUGUAAACGCCGAGACGGCACUUCUCCACGAUAAAGCAGCCCUCCCCAGCGAAGUGGUGCCCUGUAGCUGCCGUCAGCAGUUUUCUCGUCAGUCGCGCCGAAUGUGCCUCUUUAUCGGUCCGUCGCACACAUCGACAUAUUAUCCCAUGAUUGCCCUGAAUGGAGAUCGAGCUUUUUAUAGAGUGCCGUCUGAUCGAGUAUCGCCGGGGUCGUACGAGAGUGUGGAAAAUCUUUCCCAGUAG